AUGGAACCCGACGGCAGGGGACUCCUACUUGUCAUGAAGUUGUUCAGAGGCCAUCCUCUCGACGACGGUGUGGAAUUUAAGGUCCUUCGGGUUGAGGUUGACGCCACUCGGGUGGGGUGUGUGGAGCUCGACAACAUGGAUGAGUGGACUAUCUUCCUUAACUAUUGGGGGGACGGGUUUUGCUGUACCUCUGAGAAACGAGUAUGUCGACCUAAUUCUAUAUAUUUUAUGAAUCAGAAAGGCAGAGCGGUGAAAGUCUACGACUUGGGUGAGAAGAGCAUAAUCACAUUGCUACCUUUUCGUGGUGCGAGACGUUAUAUGUCGGUUAACUGUUGGGUUGACCUUCCAAACAUUCCUGAGUAUGAACAUGAGGAUGAGGAUGAACUUGAGCCAUGA